CACACGCAAGAUCCCUCGCUCCCUCUCCCUUUCUGCCGUGCGCGCUACAUGUGUUGAAGCACAGUCUCUGUCUCGCAUGCGCGCUCUUGACCACUCGCUCUAAAUUCCGGGAUAUUUUAACUCAUUUGCGGGCAUCAGGGAGCCGCUAUCAAUAUGCGGGAGACUCCCGGAACUUCCGGGAGACUUGGGAUGUCUGCUCUGAGUGAUUGUUAGCGCACUGCUAUGCAGUUGUCAAUGAUUUAUUGUAAGCAUGUAGCAGUUGCUGAAGUGUUCUAUAGUUGUUAGUUUGUUAUGGGUUGUAGGCAGGUAGUUGCUAUGGGGUUGCUUACGUGUUCUGCAUGUUUGUUAUGCUGUUUUGGGUCAUUGCUAUGCUGUUGUUCAGCUGUUCUGAGUGCUUGUUAGCGCACUGCUAUGCAGUUGCCAAUGUGUUUAUUGUUAGCAUGUUGAUAUGAGGCUGUGCAGGUUCGUUUCUGGAUGGUUUCUGAAUGGUUGUUAGCGCAUCCCUAUCCAGUCAUUAUUGUAAGCCUGUUGCUAUGGAGUUACUAAGGUGUUCCAACUGUUUGCUAGAUUGUAGCCUGGUUGUUGCUAAGGUGCUGUAAAGUGCUUGUUAGUGCGCUGGAAUGCAGUUGACAAUGUUUUGAGUUGUUGUUAUCCUGUUGCUAUGAGGUUACUUAGGUGUUCUGACUCUUCCAGUGUUUCCCCUACCAUUAUAUAAGGGGGGCGCCCCGCCCUCCUAACGGCUCGCCCCGCCACCCUUGGACGUCAAGUAAAUUUGAUUUGAUUUUCUUUAUAGCGCCAGAUUACAAUUUGUUAUUUUAUUAAACAAACUAAAUAACCCUUAAGUAAUAUGUUAUUUAUCUUAUUUCCACGAUGGCAUGUCUUUUCUGUCUGUGUUUGCGCGUUUACAAUUAUCCCAAUGAGUGCGCACACGCGCUCACUCACACAAACAAACAUUAGCGGACAGAGAGCGCGCGGCGGGAAAUAUGUCGCUUCAAUCAGAUGAAACCAAAUGAACAUAUUUGCGUUUUUUAAGCGCUCACAGGGAACUGAAGAUGGCAAAACUCACUCCACUGCGAGUAGCAGCCGGAGUAGCUCUCCUGCUCCAAGUCUAAGUGUUGCGCAUCCUGCCCCUGACAAGCAUCAAAAGUCCAUUCAUCACCGGAUGGCGGUUAAAAUGUAUAUUAAUGAAUUACAUGCCGCUUACUAUUCACAUAUGUGUGUUUAAAAUGUUUUAAGUCAGGACAUUGUAAAUCUGCUGAUUAAAUAAGACAAGAGAUAUUUAAUACGCUAUGCAGAUGGCUCCGUGUUGUAUGGGAAUGUCACGUGAUGACGUUCAGAACAGCGUCCGCGUCUGACAGGAUUAUUCUCCAAUAAAUGCAUCAUAGAAAUUAAACCGUCUCACAAAAAAAGCCCAUUUAAAAUUAGUUUAUCAUAUAAAGGUAUUAACUAACAUUAACGAACAAUGAAUGAGCAAUAUAUUUGUUAGUAUUUAUAAAUCUUUUUUUAGUUCUUUACUUUUUUAAGCUCUGGCCCAUUAAUAUUAACAAAUACUUCUAUACAUUUAACAAAGGUUAUUUGCCAAAGUCAAUUUUAAAAAGAUUUAAAUACAUUUAUUUAUAUUUAUAUAUAACAUUUUUUAAAUUUUACAAAGCAUUGCCCUCCCAGACAAUCAAUGUAUGUGACUAGAUAGAUAGAUAGAUAGCACAUAAAGAAUGAAAAGGAAAUGAUUUCUCGUCAAUUUUCCCCAACCACCCCCCCCCCAAAGCUGUAAACCUAGGGGAAACACUGUCUUCUGAUUGAAGGAAAAAUGUAAGAACAAUGUGAUAUGAAUUAUUGAAGACUUUGAUAGCUAACUGUUAUUUCUGAAUGGGAUUGAAUGGGGCACUGUGAGACGUCUCAUGGUUGGUUUUGGCAGUAGUGUAGACAGUUUGGUCAAUGGCCAGGAAGGGAUGAGGUUGGCUGGGCAGACAGUAUCGUUUGGUGCUUUAUACCCUUUUUAAACCUGCACAGACAACUCGAGCACAGAUCUCUAUAGGGAGGCACGUUUAUUUACUUAUUUUAUAACGUUCAAGAUAAAGAUAAGGUAACAUUCUUCUUUCAUGAACAACCCCUGCGCGGAGCCCAUCCCUGUCUCAACCCGAUUCCUGGAUCUCAAGGCAAAACGGAGAUCAGGUUCAAUCUCCAAUCUAAUUGUUAUUCUCGUCAGCCCUUACAAAUGGACAGGAGUGAACCAGCCUGCAUUAACCGAAAGGAAGUAAUGAUGCCAGUAGCAGGUGAUUCACAAUUUUCAUUUGCACAGCAAUGUGGGUUAUGAAACGGAGGCGCUUUCACAUUUCUUUAAUGUUUAUCUCACCAUAUUUUCACACUAUGAAUCCUCUAGGACAUUAAAUGAUGGACCUUUGAGAGAUCUGACUCUGUGAGUUGGGUUUUGGAGACCCAGCUCAGUUUUUUAUUCUUGAUUGGAUGCAUUAAAGAUACCCCAACCGUGUUGGGUAUUUGAAAAGGGAGACAAUUUUUUGACGCCAAACAUCCCUUCCAGCGAACCGAGUGAAAGAAAACCUGUAUACUAGAGCUGUGUAGUUGGCCCACCCCCGGCCUAAACCCAAAUCUCAAGCCCCCCCUUUUUUAGUUAUUUUUACCUUUUUCUUGAUCCAACCUCAGCCCGAUCUCCACCAUUCGCCCCUCGCUGGCAACGGCAGUCCUCCCUCCCCGUUCCCGUCACCACCCACCCCCUCCUCAUCACCCUCCUCCCUCCCCCCACCACACCUCCCACACACACCCCUCUACCCAGGUCACCAUGGCUACCGGCACUACCACGACUGCCCGUGAACAUCUCCUGGUGGUGAGGCGUCGAAGCCCGCACAUGCGCUACACGCUGAGCCCGGAAAACCUCCGCAGCCUUUCGGCGCAGAGUGCUUCUCGAAAUCGGGGAAACACCAGAGGAGGAGCCCCGGAGCCGAUGGGCCUGCAGCGGGCCAACAGCGACACCGACCUGGUGACGUCGGAUAGCCGUUCGUCUUUAACAGCCUCUACGUACCAGUUUACGCUCGGGCGGGCACAAAACCUGGUCAUCUCUUGGGAUAUCAAGGAGGAAGUGGAUGCCACCGACUGGAUCGGGCUGUACCAUAUUGACGAGACGUGUCCUUCCAACGUCUGGGAUUCAAAGAACCGCGGUGUUAAUGGUACUCAGAAGGGGCAGAUUGUAUGGAGGUUAGAGCCUGGGCCUUACUUCAUGGAACCUGAGACCAAAAUCUGUUUUAAAUAUUAUCAUGGAGUGAGCGGAGCACUGAGGGCUACAACCCCCUGCAUUACAGUCAAAAACCCAGGAGUCACGGUCGGGGCAGAAGGGCAGCUGGAUGGUCAGUCUGUAACAGAACAUUGCAGGAAAUUGGUCAGCUUCACCGUAUCGGAUAUCAGGGCUCAGGGUUUGAAGAGAGGCAUGUUUUUUAACCCGGACCCCUAUCUGAAGAUGAGCAUCCACCCAGGCAAGAGAAACGGCUACCCGACAUUCACCCACCAUGGCCAAGAGAGACGAACAUCCAUCAUAUCCAACACCACCAACCCGGUGUGGCACGGAGAGAAGUACACCUUUGUUGCGUUGAUGACGGACAUUCUGGAAAUUGAGGUCAAGGACAAAUUUGCCAAAAGUCGCCCGAUCAUUAAGCGCUUUUUGGGUCAGCUCACGAUCCCGGUUCAAAGACUGCUAGAGAGACAUGCUGCGGGGGAUCAGUAUGUGAGUUACACCCUUUGCCAGCGUCUGCCGACUGAAUAUGUGAGUGGACAACUUCACUUAAGGGUGGAGAUCACAUCUAACGGACAAGAAGGGAUUUCUCACGCUUUAUUAGAUGCUAUGGGGUCCCUGCUGGGAGCCUCCUCUGUGAACGGAGACCCCGGCAGCCCAUCGGACGAUGAGGACGUGUUGCAUCCCACCCCUCGCGUUACCAGAGGCCCCUCACCCACCGGCUCCGAAGGUUCUUUGCACGGCGAUGCCUUCAGACCCGAUGAGUUCUCCGUGGAGCCCGAUGAAGAUCGGCUCCUACGAGAGGGGAUCCCAGACCCUGGUGAAGCAAUCCCGGGUCAUACUCACAGACAAUCCUCGCUAAAUGAUUACCUGGAUGCCAUCGAGGCUCCUAAAGGCCCCGGGGACAGACCCCUGGGAGCUGCGUCCCCUAAACUACGCUCCAGUUUCCCCACCGACACCCGGCUCAAUGCCAUGCUUCAUAUAGACUCGGAUGAAGACGAGGAAGGACACGCCUCUCGGGAUGCAACGUUGACCAAUGGGGCACAAGGACAUGCCUCCUCUGAACAGGACAAGGGGAAGGGUCCUGUGAAAGACCGGGGGAAUGUUGGGUCAGAAACGGCGAGUGGUGCCACGGACACGGAGGCUACCGCAUCGGGUUCGAGCAGCACCAACACGACGAGCCAAAACGGAGGGGCGGAGGGAGGUCACGACCCGACACAAACCACUGACGACACGCAGCAGCCAGCUGCCGUUACACAGGAUGGGGAUGGAUUGGGUACCAGGGAUGAUGUUGCAUCAUCCGAGGCUACAGCAUCAGAGGCCUCAGCUAGCGAAGUGGGCGGAGCCACUGCCGCCAAGCAAUCAGAGCAGGGGUGCUCUAACGAGGCGGCCAAUGAGGGGGAGGAAGAUGGAGACGUCUGGAGGAGGCGGAACCUACGGGCAUCGGGUAGCGCAUCACAGGCCGAAGGGGUGGAAUCAAGUAAUGAAGCGAGGGCGGAGGCUGAGUCUGCACAUGUUGCCACAGCAACAGAUGCAGAGACAGGCACAAGUGCUCAAUUGAACGGCCAUCAGGCAGUGAGGUCACUUCCUUCAGUGCGUCACGACAUCGGUCGCUAUCAGAGAGUGGAUGAGCCUCUCCCACCAAAUUGGGAAGCUCGUAUCGACAGUCACGGCAGGAUUUUCUACGUGGAUCACGUCAACAGAACGACCACCUGGCAGCGUCCCACAGCGCCACCUGCGCCUCAGGUCCUUCAGAGAUCCAACUCUAUUCAACAGAUGGAGCAGCUCAACCGCAGGUAUCAGAGUAUUCGGAGGACAAUAACCAAUGAGAGGACAGAUGAGCAGGCUGCAGAGAUGCCGUCAGAUGAAACUGACUCAUUGCAUAACUCCAUACCUGAAUACCGUCGUGAUGGUGUGGUCGUACCCACAAGUUCUCGAUCUCGUCUGUCUCUGCUACUUCAGUCUCCCACCGCCAAGUUUCUCACCAGCCCUGAUUUCUUCACCGUACUGCAUUCCAACCCUAGUGCCUACCGCAUGUUUACAAGUAACACGUGUCUGAAGCACAUGAUCAGUAAAGUGCGACGGGACACGCAUCACUUCGAACGCUACCAGCACAACCGAGAUCUGGUGGCCUUCCUCAACAUGUUUGCCAACAAACAGCUGGAUCUGCCGCGGGGCUGGGAAAUGAAACACGAUCAUGUGGGCAAGUCUUUCUUCGUGGACCAUAACUGCAGGGCCACCACCUUCAUAGACCCCCGUCUGCCGGUUCAGAGCGCUCGACCCAGCAGCCUUCUGGUCCACCGCCAGCACCUGAGCCGCCAGCGCAGCCACAGCGCAGGAGAGGUGGGUGAUGCCCCUCGACAUGCAGGAGCCUCUGUUCUGCCACGCCCCUCCAACAACUUCACAGCCAAUCGUAACCUGUGUCAAGAUGUAGUUCCUGUCGCCUAUAAUGAUAAAAUAGUAGUGUUUUUGCGGCAGCCGAACAUUUUCGAGAUCCUGCAGGAGAGACAGCCUGAGCUCAUUAGAAAUCAUUCCCUCAGGGAGAAAGUUCAGUUCAUUCGUAAUGAAGGCGUGUCUGGUUUAGCUCGACUCUCCAGUGAUGCCGACUUAGUGAUUUUACUCAGUUUGUUUGAAGAGGAUGUGAUGUCAUACAUUCCGCCUCAUGCCUUACUACACCCCAGCUACUGUCAAUCACCUCGAGGGUCUCCAGUCUCCUCCCCUCAGAACUCUCCAGGAACACAACGGGCGAAUGCACGAGCCCCCGCACCGUACAAACGAGACUUCGAAGCCAAACUUCGAAAUUUCUAUCGCAAACUGGAGACCAAAGGUUAUGGACAGGGACCGGGCAAAGUCAAGUUGAUAAUCCGCAGAGACCACCUACUAGAGGACGCCUUCAACCAGAUCAUGUGCUACUCACGCAAGGAUCUACAAAGAAGUAAACUUUACGUCAGCUUCGUUGGAGAGGAAGGACUGGACUACAGCGGCCCGUCACGAGAGUUUUUCUUUCUGGUGUCGCGGGAGCUUUUUAACCCGUACUACGGUCUGUUCGAGUAUUCGGCCAAUGACACCUACACCGUUCAGAUCAGCCCCAUGUCUGCCUUUGUGGACAACCAUCACGAGUGGUUUCGGUUUAGCGGGCGUAUUCUGGGUCUGGCUCUCAUCCAUCAAUAUCUGCUGGAUGCCUUUUUCACACGACCCUUCUACAAAGGUCUGCUGCGGAUUCCGUGUGAGCUGAGCGAUCUGGAGUAUCUGGAUGAAGAGUUUCAUCAGAGUUUGCAGUGGAUGAAGGAUAAUGAUAUUGAGGAUAUGCUGGACCUCACCUUCACCGUCAAUGAAGAGGUCUUUGGACAGAUCACAGAGCGCGAGCUGAAGCCCGGCGGUGCGAAUAUCCCCGUGUCUGAGAAGAAUAAGAAGGAAUACAUUGAGAGGAUGGUGAAGUGGCGUAUAGAGAGGGGCGUCGUUCAGCAGACCGACAGUCUCGUCCGAGGCUUUUAUGAGGUUGUGGAUGCGCGGCUGGUGUCUGUGUUUGAUGCACGUGAGCUGGAGCUGGUGAUAGCCGGAACUGCCGAGAUCGAUCUGUCAGAUUGGAGAAACAACACCGAGUACAGGGGAGGUUACCAUGACAACCACCUCGUGAUUCGGUGGUUCUGGGCGGCAGUGGAGCGAUUCAACAAUGAGCAGAGACUCCGACUGCUUCAAUUUGUGACAGGGACGUCUAGCAUCCCAUACGAGGGCUUCGCAUCGCUCCGGGGCAGCAACGGACCGCGUCGCUUCUGCGUAGAGAAAUGGGGGAAGAUCACUUCUCUACCCAGAGCUCACACGUGUUUCAAUCGCCUGGAUCUUCCCCCAUAUCCCUCGUUCUCAAUGCUGUAUGAGAAGAUGCUGACCGCAGUAGAGGAGACCAGCACUUUCGGCUUGGAGUGAAUGUUCAUUUUUGCACUUUGGUCGAUUGAACAUAUUCUCUUUUUUCAACCUCUUCACAAAUUACUCGAACAGACGAGUCAUACUCGGAAAAAAAGAGUUUUCCGGAUGAACACCCGAUGUAUUUGGAUGUCAGACUCGCUCUAGAUCCGUCACGCAAGUGGUGAAAAUAAGAAGAAGUUGAUAUUCCAAAGGACUUUGAUAUUUUGACGCUCUUUUUAUCUGUACAAAAUACUUUUUUAUGGACCAUCGAACUACAGCGCGAGUGGACGGGUUUUGUGUCAUUUAGAUUUCUUCUGGUUCUGAUCGCUUGACUGCGUCGUCGUCUUCAUUCGCCGCUAAAUUUUGCAUUGUAUGGAUCGUCACGUUUGUAUAUUUGUUUGUCUCACACGUUUGGUGUGCGUAUGCUCGCACACAAACACGUUUAAAAAAGGGCAUGUUACACAAAAGUGCACUCUUACUAGCACUUCAAUAUGAAUGUGACCACUAUGUGCAAAUAAUCUUAAAAACUAACAAGCAGUAAACAUCUAGGAAUGUUUCCAACUUUGGCCUUCCUGAGAAACCGGGGUUUGAUUUCCGAUUAAAGACUUUUCUACUGGAAUGUUCACAAAGCUAUCGAAAGCCUUAAAGUCAACAUGAAAUUAUUAUUUAUAGUAUUUACAUACUUAAAUACAAUACAUUUUUGGUGUAAUUGUGCAAAAAAAAUCAAGAUCUUACAAACUAACAUUCAUGUCUGAAUACUUUUUCAUUUAUGAAUAUGGAUCUCUUUUUUUCCCCGAAUUACAUUUUUUUAAUAAAUCACAUUAUAGGAGUAAAAAAGUUUUACGUUGACUUUAAUGGUUUUAUAUCAUAACCUGAGCUUUAGUGAGACAUUUUUCUAAAUGUUUUUCAUUCUUGACGACUUGCCCUGAACACAAACAUGUUUUCUUGAGUCAGUCGACGACUGUCAAUCCCAGAGAAAACCAUAUCAGUACAUUCCAGACUUUUCCAUUGAGGUUAAAUUCGUUUAGCCUUUUACGAUACACUGCCAUGUCUGCGGGGCGCUGGAUAUGGACACUUGUUCUGAAUGUUUUGUAUUCUGGUCAGUUUUAUCAAACUUAGUAUCGCUUCCAGUAAAAACUGGCAUAGUUUAAACUGCCAUGGGGCUUUGUAAGGUCCAUCACAUGUUAGAAAAGCAACAGAAAAAAACUUGAGCAUAUCACGUUUUAGCCGGUUCAAUUACUGUUGGAUCAUGUUGAUUAUUUUUGCAUUAACGCUUUCGCAUUGCGGUGCUGAAAUUUGUGCAGAAUGUACCAAAGUUUAGGACCGGCAUAGACUGUCCAAAUCCAUAUUUAGUCCUCUAGAUUACAAAAGGAGUCUUUUUUGGAGCAUUCUUCAGUUUUGUGGGUUUGCUCACAAUGCUGUUUCCCACUGAUCUAAAACAAAAAUGUAAAGAAGUACAUAUAAAUGUGCACUUGAAGAAGUACGUUUGAAGUACAAAGAAAAUUUGAAGAAGUAAACAUAAAAGUACGUAAAAAUGUUGCGACUAUUGAGUGCAGUUUAUCUAAAGGGAAAGUUCUUAAAAAUAUAUAUUUUACUUAGAUUUAACAUCAAUGCCAAACGCCAUGGUUUUUGUCGUUCCAGUGCCAAGUUUGAUUAUGCGGAAGCGUGAAUGAGAUUCAAGAGGACAGGAGCAUGGUAUAUCGUCGAUGUAUGAUAACUUCACAAAGAUGAUGUUAAAUAUGAGAUAUCAGAUGGGUACUUUCAUUGACCCUUCCUUAUUGUAUGCAAAAAUCUCAGAGAUGCUGUAAAGGCCCGUUCACACCAAAGUUGUUUGAGAACUAUAAAAAAGUAUAAAAAUUCAUUUUAAACUUAAGAGAAAAGUGGAUUAUAAUGUACCGCAAUGACACUAUAAUGAUAACUAUACCGAGGAUGGAUAUCAUUGGACAGUCCUUAAAGGAGUAGUUCAUCAUUUUCGUGAUAAUUUACUCACCCCCCUGUCAUCCAAGAUGUUUAUGUAUUUGUUUCUUCAGUGGAAAAGAAUUUAAGUUUUUUUGAUGAAAACAUUCCAUGAUUUUUCUCCAUAUAGUGGACUUCAAUGGACUCCAAAUGGUUGAAGGUCAAAAUUACAGUUUCAGAUCAGCUUCAAAGGGCUUUAAAUGAUACCAGAUGAUGAAUAAGGGUCCUAUCUAGCGAAACGAUCGGUCAAUUUCUAAAAAUAAAAAAAUGUGAACACUCUAAAAACACUAAAAAGUGGUUCGUAAUCAUAGGGGAACCACUUUUAGUGCUGUAUAGCACUAUAUCUUGGUGCUUGAGUGGUUCUUCAGAGGUUCUUUGGAGUGACCGAGGUGCCCUAUAGCACCGUUUCCGUAUAAAGAACCUGUUGAGGCAUGUGUGGUUGAAGCACCAAGAUAUGGUUCUAUACAGCACUUAAAGUGGUUCCCUUAUGAUUACGAGCCAAGAACCACUUCCAGUGCUAUAAAGCACAAUUUUUUUUAGAGUGUAUAUCUUAUAAACACAAAUGCUUGCCUUGCUUUGUUCUGCGAUGCGUGUUCAUGACUUCACGUAAUAGGCAGUUAUGUUGAAAAGGUCACGCUUUUUGAAUAUUACAACAUCCAGGAUACGUACACGAAAUGACCAUUUUAAACAAUAAACUGACAUAAAGACACAAAAAUGUAUAUAUAUAUAUGUGUCAUUGAACAUUCAACAAGUUUUGAACGGUCCUCCUUCUCCACAUUUGUAAUCACUGAAUCGGUACUUCCGCCUACGUCUAGCGUGACCAUUUCAACGUAAUUACGUAUUAAGUGAAGUCAUGAACGCG